AUGUCUUUGCGUAUAUCCAUCAGCCCCAACGAAAACCAAGCCACAAUCCGGGCGCUUAUCCAAGCAAACCUCCUGUCCGUCUUCAACGAGCGAGACGAGACUGCGCGUAAAGCGUGUAUCCAGAGCAUCUACGGGGAGGACAUUGUCUGGUACGAAGCAGACAAGGAUGUAUUUACAGGUUAUGCCGCUCUGAAUAGGCGCGUUGGGGAGGUCUUGGGCGAAAAUCCUGCUUUUGCGUUUAGGCUAGAAGGGGAAACCAUCGUGGCCCAAAAUCUGGGCGUUCAAAAUUGGACGUUUGGACCUCCAGUGGAACCCGAUCUCGUCAAGGGGACGGACGUGAUUAUAGUACAGGAUGGAAGGGUUAGAGCGCUUUGGACGGCGGUUACGAAGGGUCCUGUUUUGCGAUAG